AGUGUGGGGUGGUUCGAUUCCCGGUUCUCUUGGUUCUUGGCCCCAGAGAAUGAAUUAUUAUUUUUCCCACAUUGUGUCAUUGGACCCAAGUGGAAAUAAGCAAGGAUCCCAAUGGAAAUAAGCAAGGAUCCUAAUGGAAAUAAGCAAGGAUCUCAAUGGAAAUAAACAAGGAUCCCAAUGGAAAUAAACAAGGAUCCUAAUGGAAAUAAACAAGGACCCCAGUGAAAUUAAACAAGGACCCUAACGGACAUAAUCAAGGAUCCUAAUGAACAUCAAGGACACAAAAGGAAAUAACAAAGGACCCAGCAGAAAACAGGAACGCCAGGGGAAAUAAGUCACCUUUGACUGUUUUGAGUUAUCCUAUGCAAUAUACACACACGCUACUAUAUAUGAUAAUUUGUGUAAAUGUACUUAUUUGUGUACCUGUACCUAAAUGAACUUGGGCAGUACAAAUAAAAAAGAGGAUAAUUUUAGAAUGGUCGGCCAUUGUUGACGUCAGAUAAUCAGCUGAGUGAGAACAACAUCAACAAAGUCAGUGUAAUGUAGCCUUUUGUGACGUCUACACACGCUGUUCUCCAUGAUUUUUGAGUGAUCUGAACCUCCAAGAUGAACCCUGCCAACCUGGGACAGUGCCAUAGGAGGAGAGGGUCACGAGAUGAGAGAGUGGAGGUCAAGGAGGAGGUGGAGGCCAGGGUCACUGCUGGUGGUCAGGGGGAGGAGACGAGGGUAGGAGGUAGCCUGGGUGAUCUGUCAUGUCAGCCAGCUGGUGUGUCAUGUCAGCCAGCUGGUGUGUCAUGUCAGCCAGCUGGUCUGUCGUACUGCCCAGAUAAUCAAUUCCACCAUCAAGCUGACCUACCCCACCAUCAAGCUGACCUACCCCACCAUCAAGCUGAUCUACCCCACCAUCAAGCUGACCUACCCCACCAUCAAGCUGACCUACCCCACCAUCAAGCUGACCUACCCCACCAUCAAGCUGACCUACCCCACCAUCAAGCUGAUCUACCCCACCAUCAAGCUGACCUAACCUACCAGGGUGAGAAGGACGAGGCUCAUUUCCAUAAACCCCAAACCUCACAUAGGACUAUGCCGCGGAGGCCCAUCAGCGCACGUAACAAGCGAGGCCGAUCUGGUUCCUGGUCUGGGGUUACCGAGAGCGAAGACGAGCUGGAGAAGAUGGCACAAGCAUUGGGACAGGCUCCACCCAAGAUCAAAGUGACAAUGGCUAACCACGGUGGGGGUUCAAAUUACGGCUCAAUUGCAUCCAGCGUGAGCAGCAUUGGGCACUGCAAUCACCUUGAUGAUUCCACCACUACAGAUACCACAACAGGACUCUUCAACUCUGAGAUAACUGCAGACACCAUGAGACGUAGGCUCAAGUUCUUUUUCAUGAACCCCAAAGAAAAAUGGCAUGCUCGACGACGUUUUCCAUGGAAGCUUUUGCUCCAAGUAAUUAAAAUCAUUGUUGUGACAGUACAGCUGUGCCUGUUUGCCGAGCAACGCUUCAAUCAUGUAAAUUAUCUAUGGGACACCAAAAUCUCAUUUUCUCACUUAUUCAUCAAGAACUGGGAUACAUCAAGGGAAAUACAAGUAUAUCCUCCAGCUGGUGGUCCAUUAGCUGUUUAUAAGCAGUCGGAGUUCUUUGCUUUCUUAGAUUAUGCAAUAACAACGUAUGCGAAUAUCCAGGAAGAUGCCAUCGGGAUGUACGAAUAUGAGUACCAGAAUGGCAGCAUUGUGCCACCCUUCUUCUGUACCACAAGUUAUAUCAGUGGUGAAGCCUUCUUUGGGAACAACACAUAUUUUCUUAACAAUAAUACAACCACUUCUUGUAUAAACAUCACAUUAUCAGAGGUCACUCCAGGGUGGUCAACCAAGACUUUCCUCGAGAACAACAACUUUACAUUAAAUUUUGACCUUCUGCUGAGUGCGACCUUCAAUUUUGUACUGAAGACCAUCAAGCUAAGAGUGAUCUUGCCUUAUGAAACCCCAGAAUGUUACCGGAUGACAAACAAGAUGACCUUUAAUAAUUAUGAACGUGAUGGACAAAUGGUGGUGGAAUUGCAAGUGGGCGCACGAUUAUUGAACUGUGACGGCUCCGUACACGUAACCUCAAACUCAGAUGCAGUAUCAGUGUGGAGGACAGUUAUCAAUGUUGUUACCAUUGCCAUCUGCGUCACCUCGCUGACUAUGUGUAUCAGGGCCAUCUAUCGAGCGCAGCUCCUCAAGAAAUCCACAAUACAAUUUUUCCAUCGGCACUACAACAGAGAACUCAGCUUUGAGGAGAAAUUGGAAUUUGUUAAUUUGUGGUAUGUCCUUAUUUGUAUCAAUGACAUCUUAAUCAUCAUUGGCUCCUUCCUCAAGAUCGGCCUCGAGACCAAGAGUUACGAAGGCUACCUAGACACCUGGAAUAUUUGCUCUCUCUUUCUGGGCCUUGGAAACCUGCUCGUGUGGUUUGGAUGCCUCAGAUAUCUGGGAUUCUUUGCAACUUACAAUGUACUGAUCCUGACCUUAAAGAAGUGUAUUCCUAAUGUGCUGCGCUUCUCCAUAUGUCUGUUGAUGGUGUUUGCUGGGUAUGCAUUAUGUGGCUGGCUUGUGUUGGGCCCCUAUCACCUCAAGUUUAAGUCAUUCUCCUCUACAAUGGAAUGUCUGUACUCGCUCAUCAAUGGAGACGAUAUGUUUGCCACGUUUUCUUCAACAUCCGGCAAGGACCCGGUGGUGUGGUGGUUUUCCCGCAUCUACCUCUACACAUUUAUAUCACUCUUCAUCUACGUCAUCUUAAGCCUAUUUAUUGCCAUUAUUAUGGAUGCCUAUGAAACCAUUAAGAAUUAUUAUGAUGACGGGUUCCCAGAAUCUGAUCUGAUGAAAUUCGUCAAUGAAUGCACGGAGGAGCCAACAAGUGGGGUGUUCCAUGAUGAUGGCGAGCGUACUAUUCAUGAUAUCAUCAAUUCUUUCUUCUGCUGUGAUCUUCAUAGGAGUCGUCAACAAGAUGGCGAAUACGAGGCUCUUCUCACUUAAACAUUGGCAGAAUAAUAUUACAUUUUAACACUGUGUGCUGUACAUAAGCAGGUAUCUCAAGCUUUAGCUAUAUAGUACAAUGAAGUAUCUAAAACUGAUUUUAAUUAAAUUAUUUUUGUUAAAAGCUAUAUUUUCCUUUGAAAUAUGACUAGAGAUGAAUGUUUCAAAUUAGUUUUUGGUGACUGACAGCCAUCAGCAGAGUUUGAGUUGAAAAACAUUACAAACAACUACAUUUGAUGAUUUAAGUUUAAUAAAACAUUAGUGUAAUAUAAUUAUUUUUUGAACAUGUUGGCUCUCUCCCCACUGAGGUAGGAUGACCCGGAAAAGAGGAAACAUGUUCAUCGUAAUACAUUCAAUUGCUGUCAUGCCAGGAGCUUAUUGACAUCACAGUAGAGAGAGCUUUCUCAACUGCAGCAUUUCCACUCCUGUAAAUGUGCUAUAUAAUUUGCCUCGGCAAUCUUUUUACUACCUUGUUGUAGCACGCACAAUUAAAGAGUGAGAAAAGUAGUUGGGUUGAAUUUACUAUUGUUUAACAUGCGUGGAAUCCUUCCUUCGUAAGACAUGCUGGGUUAUAAGAGGCAACUAAAAUGCUAGGAGCAAGGGCUAGUAACCCCUUCUGUAUAAAUUACUAAAUGUUAAAAGAAGGAAAACUUUUCUUUCUUUUUUUUUUUUUGGGUCACCCUGCCUUGGUGGGAGAUGGCCAAUGUGUUGAAAAAUAAAAAUAAGAACCUACAUUAUUUUCCUGAUGUAUCAGCUUUAUUAGUAAUCAAACUAGUUUGAUGCAAAUUGUUUGCUUAUUGUCAAAGACAACUUUAAUCAGUCUUGAAUUGCCUUCACUACGACAGUGUGUUAUUGUUUCAUUAGUAAUGCUUAAAAUAUCCAUAAGAUAACUUAGUGUGUCAGUGCAUUAUAUUACAGUAUAUAUUAGUGAAGAUGUUGCCAGUUAUAUACAUACAAGAAAUAUUGUUGAGGAAAGGAACUAGAACUGGAAGUUGAAAACCUCCAAUGUAGAAAAGAUCAGUUAAUUAAAAAGACAAAUAUUUGAUGCCGACCUUAGAGUAAUAAUUCUGUUAUCGAUAACAGUUUUUACUGUGUAUUUUUGUGUCUGCCCAUACAUAUAGGGCAUCCUUUGGCCACCUCCCACUGAGGCAGGGUGAUCCAAAAAAGAAACACUUUAGCCAUCAUUCACACUGUCACUGUCUUGCCAGAGGCACACAGACACGAUAGUUCGGAUGUCCCUCCAAACAGCAUCCUUAUGUGUGUGUAUUUGAAGUUUUGUUUCUGAAUGCCUUUUAUACCUUUUCUUGGAAUUUGUGAUACAGUAGCACAAAACAUUGAAUGGGAUUGAUUUACUGACAUGUUUGCCCAUAGCUGGAACCAGCGGGCUCUGCUGAAGGUUAAGUCUCAGACUAAAUAAUAAAUGGAUUGAUGGAUUUUUCUUUCAAGUGACAUCACCACAAGACCAAACCUGAGAUUCCAUUUCCGUCACUUCUCAUAAAAUGAUAACAAGGUUGAUAGGUAAAUGAGGCCUGCUAGUUGAAGCAAGCAUGUAAAGUUAUUGUGUUGUAACAGUGUUUUAAGUCUAUGCUGGGGAGGUGUAGAAUGUAGAAAAGAUGAACAGAUUAUUGUUAAAGGAAUGGGGGUGUUGUAGCUGAUGUUACCAAGAGAAUGAGUGUUGAUAUGUAUGUGUAAGUUUUGCAGGAGAGGGUUAAGAGUCAAUGAAGCACAGUGAAUAACUGAGAAGUGUUAAAAAAAAAAAAUCCAUUACAUGCUGAAAUCACAGUUCAUCCGUCUUUUUUCCACACGUGGAUUGUUUCUCUUGUGCACCCUCAUUUACGCAGGAUAUUAUUAACCAGAAGUUUCUGGGUGAUAAAAUUUCUGUUUAUUCUCAAUACAUAUUCAUCUUCACCUGUCAUUAGUUGUUGCACAAUAUAAGCAGAUGUUUGCAGAUUUAUUUCUUAAUUAAAAAAAUGCGAGUAAAAUUUAAUGUCUAAUUUAUCCUAGAAAUUAGUAUGUGUAGAACUGCAAAAAAUGGCAGAAAGAAAAGAAAUAAAGUAAAAAUGUUUCAGUAUUUGUGAAGACUGGUGUGUUGUAUUUAAGAGAUGAUACAUUCCAAAUGAAACGCUGUGAUUGGUGUGUCCCUUUGAUCUAAGAUGAACCAUGGAAUGGGUGGGGUUUGAGCUUUAUGACUUACUCACCAUGGGUUCAGACUCCACCUGUUCCCUGGUUUGUUCACAUUUAUAUUAUUACAGUUUCGUGAGUCAUGAUAACCCUUUGAUCUGUUUAGUCUUACCAUCUAAUACAGCCUUUCCUCACUUAGCGACAUACUCGUUUACCAACGAUUUGGACUUACAACAGGCUCUCUGACCAGUAUGCAUACCUAAAUAAUGUAUAUUAGAGCUGAUUUCCUCUAUUCUGUUUAUUGCAAUAUACAGUGCACUACUGUAUAAACAUUUAAAAUAUACCAUAGAUGUUAUAAAUGGUGCAAAGGUGACAUUAAAACAAUAUCAAAGAAGGUUGACACAAACCCACUACCAUUAUAGUAUGCUCCUUGCUUAGCGACAAAUUCGUUUACCGACAUGGUCUUAGGAAUGGAACUCCAUCGUUAACUGAGGAGAGGCUGUAUUUUGUAAUAAAUACUUGUAUGUAAGAAGCAACUUGUGUUGCUGUGCUGCUUACUGAAAUAUGGGUUACAUUAUUUAUUUAUCUGUUACGUAAUGUUGGUCAUCACCAUAGAAAGUGUUGGAGUCUGCACUGUGGCAGCUGUAAGACUGUUUUUGUAAAUCAUGACAGUGUUGUGCCGAGACUCAUACACUCAUAAUUUUAUGGUGUACCCCAUGCUUUGUGUGUGAUGAUGUACUCUGUGCACCAAAAAUGCUAUAAUGUGCUCCUUAUAUCAGACAUGUGAGUUAUAAUGUAUUCCAGUCAUGGAACAUGUGACAGCUAUGAUGUGCUCCAUGCAAUAGACAUGUCAUUUAUGAUGUGUUCUAUUCAUUAAAGACAAGAGAGAAAUAUGACCUGACUGGCCAUCAGCAUCGUGAAUAAAACAUGUCUGCACUCCAUAUCUUCAGUAUUCUUAGCUGAAGGAACUUGUACCUUUUGUAAUUUUUGGUGCAUGUUUUUAAUGUAUAGAUCUGCAUUAUUUUUAUUUAUUAUAUUACAGUAUUCUUUUCUAUUUUCUAUAUUUAUUUAAUAUAAGUUAUUCAGAAACACAUUGGAAGCUUCAGGAUAUUUUAAAAAUGUUGUACAAAGAAUAGCCAGAAUAGAUUUGGAUAGAGAGCAAAGUUGCUUGUCAUUUUCAGCAUGUAAUUUUUAAAUGAUGAUUAUCACACUUUGAUUCUUCUGCAAACUUAAAUUUUAUAUAUGCAGAUACAUUAUUAUAUACAUACAGUUUUGAAGAACAUGUAAAGCUCUGAUUUACUUUAUUUCUUAGACACUGAUCGUCUCCCACUGAGGCAGGGUGACCCAAAAAAAGAAGAAAUGCUCACCCUCACUCUACCACUGUCUUGCCAUAGGUGUUCAACACUGCAGCUCAGUUGCCCCUCCAAAUUGCAGUAUCCACACUUCUCUUUUAGAGUGCAGUAACUGUACUUUCUACCUCCAGGACUCAAGUCUGGCUAACUGGUUUCCCUGAAUCCCUUCAUAAAUGUUACCUUGCUCACACUCCAACAGCACGUCAAGUCAUAAAAACCACUUCCCUCCACUCACCCCUAUCUAACACACUCAUACACACUAGCUGGAUGCCCAAGGCCCUUGCACAGAACCUCCUUUACCCCCUCCCUCUAACCCUUCCUCAGAUGACUCCUACCCCUCCUUUCCCCACUACAGAUUUAUACACCCUCCAAGUUAUCCUAUUUUGCUCUGUCCUCUCUAAAUGUCCAAACCCCUUCACCAACCCUUCCACAGUCCUCUGGAUUAAUGAUUUUAGUAAUCCUGCACCUCCUCCUAAUUUUUAAACUUUGAAUUUUCUGCCUAAUAUUUACACCACACAUUGUCCUCAAACAUGAUAUCUCCACUGCCUCUUGCCUCCUCACUGCAAUGUUUAAAACCCAUGUUUUACAUCCAUAUAAGAGCAUUGGUACCACUGUGUGCUGGUACAUUCUCUUUUUUCCCCUCCAUGGAUAAGGUUCUGUCUCCAUAGAUGCCUCAAUGCACCACCCACCCCACCUUGUUUGAGGCAUCUGUGAUAUACUUACGGGUUAAUAUAAUUACCUAUUUGAGUUUGUGGGAGAUUGUGCUCAAACUCCUGGUACUGCUUCUUACCCUUCAGCUGACUGUUUUAGCCCUGUCACAUUGUCACAUGUUUACUCAAUUUCUCAUAUUACUUCUAUAGAUUUAAGUCAAGAGAGUAGUAAAUGUUAUUUGGCCCUCACUCACUUAUUUUAUAACUCUCCAGAUUGCAGCAUAAUAUAAGCUCUAUUAGAUAUUAAGGUAUGUGAACAAGAAUUAUGUCUAUUUUUGCCAGGCUAUUUAUGCAGAUUUUGAGUACGGUAGUUCUGUAUGCCUUGUCUCUCAGAGGCGUGUGUUUUAAAAUUGCUGAAUUAAUUCUUUUAAUAACUGCUGAGUAAAUGACACUUCUUCAUUUAUAUUAAUUAUACAUUUUUGCCUAAUAUGGCAGAUGGAAAGAGUGCAGUUAAAUGUAAUGAAUAAGUGUAGAAUCAUCUGAGUGAGGUUCACAGAACACGAGGUGCUGUUAACUGUUACUUUCAUUUGUAUUAUUACAUUACCAAAUGUGAUAUCAUCAUUGUUGAGUGCAGGGCUGUGGAGUCGGAGUCAUGGAGUUAGAGUCAGAGUUGGAAGCAGUUCUUGGGUUACUGGAGUUGGAGUCGGUAAAAUGUAAUUAAAGGAGUCAGAGUCGGAGGCACCAUAAAUAAAGGAGUUAGAGUCGGAGGUUUUAUGUGCUGACUCCGCAGCCCUGGUUGUGUGGCUUCUUCCAACAUUGGUCACAUUGGGUAACUUUGCCACCAUUGGGCACCCAUAUAAAGUCUGUCAGCAUUGGUUACAGAUGGAAAUAUUAAGAGAGUUAGUUAUGUGAGUGUCCUUUCUCUUGGUUCUUGGAUUUGUUGAAGAUUUAAGAUGUAUGUUGUGCAACUCCACUUACCUCCAUCACCUCCAGAUUUUCAUUUAAAUGGGUACAGGUUUACCAAUCUUUUUUUGUUAUCCUUUGCAUUUCUCUUAUUUUCUUACCUGGAUAUACAAUGUAUGCUGUAUAUACUUGCUUAUUUUUCAGUUGAAACAAAUGGUAACUCCUUCAUUUGUAAUGAAGAACUUGUAGAAUUCCGUAAACUUUUGCUAAAAGUGGAAGUGUAGUUUGUAUGUCAGUGGAAUGAUUCUACUUUUAGGAAAUUGUCGUAAAGCAGAGCUUUCAGAGGAGCAUGGCAUGAGAGAUGGGAUAAAUACUUUGUGAAUAUACGGUUGAUUGCCACAUGUAUAUUGUGAUGUCCAGUAUUGUGAUCAGAGGCUACUUCUGUUAUGGGUGUCCAUUGUAGUAACUUAAGGUCAACAGUGCUGAUUGUAUAGUAGAAUCUCGUGUAAGUCUAGAUGCUGUUCUUUGUCUCGGCCAGGUGAAAGUUUGCCUAGGCUCGCACAUCUAUUAAAAACUUUGUAACCUUGAUUCCUAUAUUGUGAUGAAACAAGUCUGUACACAUGCUUGUUGAAGGACAUUCAUAAUUUAUUUUGAUUAGUAUAGUUUAAAAUGGUUUCAAAGGUACUCUAUAAUGCUCAGUGCCUUUUUUAAUAUGGAAAUGCAUGUUUUUAAUUUUUGAGUGUCUUUUAGAGAAGUCAGAUUUCCUGCUUGAUGUCUAUGUAGAUAUAAUAUAUUGUUUGAUGUGCACCAUCUUUUGUAACUUUAAAAAAUUUUACUUGCUAAUACCUCAUAAUUUUUUUAUUAAUAUGUCUUAGACUAAGAUAAGCACAUUACCAAAUAUAGGCUUUUGUAUAUUUAUAAUGUACAUAGAUUAACUCCUAGUAAAUACAGUGGCAAGGGAAAUGCAAAGUGUAUUUCCUUGCUUGAAUGUUUGAUAUAUUCACGCUGGAUCAUUGAUUGAUCCAUCUCAUUUUAUGUUUUACAACUGUGUACUAAGAAAGCAUGUUGCCUAGCAGAGCGAGAUGUAAUUUAUGCCAUAAAAUAUAGAACUGUGAGGUUCGUGUACAUAGAUUAUGUUAUAUUUUUUUUAUUAACACAUUGGCCAUUUUCCACCAAGGCAGGGUUACCCAAAAAAAAAAAUACUUUCCUCAUCAUUCACUCCAUCACUGUCUUAUCAGAGAUGUGCCUAUGCUACAGUUAAGAAGCUGCAACAUCAACACCCCUCCUUCAGAGCACGGGCACUGUACUUCCCACCUCCAGGAGUACAUGAAGAUGCAAAGGUUAUUGCUCUCUGAAGUAGGAUUGUCAAUACCCCCAAGACGGAUUUGUAUUUGACACAGUUUGGAGGGUUAAAUUUUUGUUUUAAAUAUAAUAAUCAUUGCAGCAUAUUCUCUGGUGAGUAACAUUACUCAUUAUUCUAAUCAUUUGAUAAUUAUCAAAAGCAAAAUUGUGUGCUGCAGAUGAAAAUUUCUAAAUAUUGCACUCACAAUAUUUAUAUCUGAUAGAAAGGUCGUUAAUCUGAAAUUCCAUACUGUAUAUACUGUACUGUAACUUUAUAAAAAUUGUUCCCUGUAACUUCAUGCCAAUUAUUCCCUGUAACUUUAAAACAUAAUUAUUAAUGUACUAUAAUAAUUUUUUGCACUGUUUUCAAAAGCAGUGUUUUUAAUGGCUGAAUAUGCUUGGCUGUGAAAUUAGGCUGAUGGUCAUAUGUUGCGCUGUUUCAAAGUAUGUAGCACUGUAGAAUACAGUAAUGCUAUAAAUUAAAAUAAAACACAAUAUGGAGAAGAGAAUCUAUUUUUAUUUUUGAAGAGUUUCGAAAGCUUUAAUAUUAAAAUACAGGUGCUCCUUGACUUAGAGUGGUCCGACUUAUGAUAUUUCGACUUUACGAUGGUGUAAAAGCAGUUACAGUGGAACCUCAAAUAUUGAACUUUUUUCGGUCCAGAAGGCUGUUCGAGUGACUUUACCGAAUGAAUUUACUCCUAUCAGGAAUAAUGUAAAUUAGAUUAGUCCAUUUCAGACCCUCAAAAAUACACUUAUAAAAGCACUUACAAAAAUACACUUACAUAAUUGGUUGUGUUCGGAACAGUUCGAUUUUUGAGGUUCCACUGUACUUUGGAGAUGAAACUUGAGAUAAUUACCCAACAUGUAGGAAAGUCCGUAACUUAUAUUCAUUUAUUUGCUUUUCAGUACUGGUAUUUAAUUACAUUAAUUAUUUGUUUAUUUACUUAUUCAGUGACAGUAAUUUAUUUAUUUAUUUAUAUCAUGCUCAUAUUCGACUUAGGAUAUUUUUGCCUUACAAUGGGUUUGACGGAACGUAACCCCAUCGUAAAUCAAGGAGGACCUGUAUAUGUAAAAUAGAUUACCUACACUAUAUUGUGUUGUAUUUACAGACUUGUUUGUACUUGGUGUUACUAAACAAGUCAAUUUUAGAGAAAUAUAAAAUAUGUAAUACACUCUUUGUAGUAAUUUUGUUACAUUAAAGUUUCAAAACAUUAAAAGACCAUUUA